CAAAUAAGUAACGGUUACUAUUCUGAAGUAAACAAUAAUAAAGUUUAUCCUGGCGGGCAUUGUUUAUUUGGAAAAAUAGGAUAAUGUAAUGGCUCUCAAGAAAAAGGAUACUAAUUCUUCUUCCGACUCUUCAAGCAGCAAUAGUUCUUCUUCAUCAUCUACUUCUUCCUCAACAUCUGGAUCUGAAUCGAGUAGUUCUGAUUCAGAAAAUACAUCUACUAGCGGAGGAAAGAGUGCUAACCCAUCGUCAGAUUCUGAUAAGAAAACUCAACAGAAAAAGAAAAAUUCUACUACAGUUACUCCAAAAUCCAAAACUGACAGCAUAGAUGGAGAUAAAAGCAAAGAAAAACAGAAAAAACCUCAGCCACCCAAAUCAACUGUUUAUUCAUCAGAUACUGAUGAUUCAUCUCCGAAACCCAAUGCUAAACGAAAACCACAACCUAAACCCAAGUCUUCUGCUACUGUGACUCCUGUACCAAAAACUCCUAAAACUUCAUUAAAAAAUGGCCCUAAAAAACUUAAUCCACCAAGAAAAGUGGCCCAGAAAAAUGUUACACCAAAAGAUUCUGUCAAAACUUCUAGCAAUAAGUUGGAUGAUUCGAAAAAAUCAAAGACGAAAAGUAUUUUUAGUCCUGAUAAUAGUAGUGAUAGUGAUGAUCAAAAUUCUUCGCCCCCUCCACCCAAACUAACUGCGAUGAAAACUGCAGCUACUAAAGUACAUAACAGAUUGAAAUCAAAGCCCAAACCACUAAUGGCAAUAAAACCAAGAACAAGUUCUGUUUCCUCAAAUUCAUCUGAAUCAUCUAGGUCUUCAAGGAGUAGCUCUGAUUCUAAUCAUGAUUCUGGAAGAUCCAAGCAGGGAUCUGCUAAGAAAAAGACACCUUCAAAAAGAGAUAAGAAGUCGCCACCUCCUCCACAACUUGUUUCUGAUGCCGAUAGUGUUACAACUAGAAAGCAAACGCGUUCAUUGAGUAAUAGAAAAAGUAAACAUGUAAUGUCCAGAAUGCCAAGUGAAUCAGAUUCUGAUACGGGUAGUAAGACAAGCAUCACUAAAUCGCCUGUUAAAAGACCUCCAAAAGAAUCAUUUAUGCAGAGAAAAAUAAAAUCGGAUGGCGAGGAGGAACGAAAGUGUCCGAUGGAAGGGUGCGAUUCAAAUGGACAUCUUGGUGGAAAGAUAUUACGGCAUUUUACCCUCGAAGCUUGUCCACUUUAUCAUAAUCUCACUCCACAUCUCUGUAAGGAGGCAUACAUGGACCGUCUGAAGAAAGACGAGGAACGUAAAAAAGCUAUCGCUAUAGUAAAAGCUGGUAGAGCUGGUUCUCCAACCCCUGAACAGAAAUUGUAUCGAGAUAAAGUAAAAGAAUUGCGCGGUAAAACUGGAAGCAACAACGAAAUAAAAUUAGAAGAGGAAGGAGAGGGAGGGAAAGAUAGACAACCACCUAUUGCAAAAUAUUCCAAUAAAUAUGAUAUGAGGUUGUUUCAAGAAGCACAAGCUGUUGCCAGUGAAGCAAUCGAGGAUGAGUUAAAACUUUUGGCUAACGUGAGAUAUACGAAACUCAUUGAAAUGGGUAAAUUUGAAAUGGAAGUAUGGUACCAAAGUCCUUAUCCCGAAGACUUUGCCCGUUUGCCAAAACUGUACAUUUGUGAAUAUUGUCUCAGGUACAUGAAAGCUAGGAAAUCAAUGGAAAGGCAUGCCGCGAAAUGUGUUUGGAGACAUCCUCCUGGGGAAGAAGUAUAUAGAAAAGAAAAGAUCUCAGUUUGGGAAGUCGAUGGAAAACGGUAUAAAAGCUACUGCCAAAACCUUUGCCUUUUAGCGAAGUUCUUUCUAGACCAUAAAACUCUUUAUUAUGAUGUCGAGCCAUUUUUAUUCUACGUGAUGACCAUCGGAGAUUCUGAAGGAUGUCAUACUGUUGGUUAUUUUAGUAAGGAAAAGAAUUCCUUUCUAAACUACAACGUUUCAUGUAUUUUGACAUUGCCUCCCUACCAAAGGCAGGGUUAUGGUAGACUCCUCAUCGACUUCAGCUAUCUGUUGACGAGAGUAGAAGGAAAGAUUGGAUCACCUGAAAAGCCUCUUUCGGAUCUUGGCCUAAUUUCUUACCGUUCUUAUUGGAAGGAUGUACUUUUAGAAUAUCUUUGCAAUUUGGAAGGAAAACAGAUAUCAAUUAAAGAUAUAAGCCAGGAAAUGGCUAUUAAUUCUUACGAUAUUGUCAGCACUCUUCAAGCUCUUGGAAUGAUGAAAUAUUGGAAAGGGAAACAUAUUAUUUUGAAAAAACAGGACGUAAUAGAAGAAUACAUAGAAAGGUCUAAGAGGAGAGGCGUCACUUAUAAAGAAAUCGACCCGAAUUGUCUGAAGUGGACACCUUUCGUACCGCCUAGUACGCCUAACAGUAACGCAUGAAAUUUUGGUGAAGAUAGAUUUUUCAUGGGUCUUCUAAUUUUAGAUUUGAUAGACAUUUAUGAAGCAAAUUAUUUCAUUAUAUUAUUUUAAUGAAAUGUAUAAAGUUAUGGUUAUUACUGAAUCAGUCAGUGUGCCUUUGCAAUAUAUCCGAUCGAAGUGUAAUAUAUUGUGUUAUCACAUGCUGCAUACGACUGACAAGUUUUAAAUUUUAAAUAAAUUGACAAUUGUAUUAAUAAUGUAUCUGAUAGUUCGAAUUUCAUUAUAUUCAUCUAAAAGAUGUGUUGAUAUGCGUUAGCAGUAAAAAUGUGUGUUACACAGUGCUUUCUCAUUUCUCUUUAUCAUGGGCUAUCAGAAUAAUGCUAGUAAAUUGAAACCGAUCUUGAACUACAU